AUGCCAUUCCCCUUCACGCUCCCCACAACCUCCCCCAUCUCCUACCCCACCUUCUUCACCUCCCCCGUCUACCCCUCGCUCCCCCUCCUCGCCUCCUCCCACCGCGGCACGCUCCGCAACGCCCUCAAAGCGCACAAGCGCCUCCCCCCCGCCUCCCAGGCCGCCAACAUCCCGCACAUCAUCACCCUCCUCACAAAGUACACCACGCACCUCCUCACGCUCACCACGGCCCUCGAAGACAACAACGCCUUCCUCCUCCCCGCCGCCCCGCAAUUCACAACCUCCUGGCGCGCAACCCUCACGCCCCACCACCGCCUCGCAAAGGAGCCCCCCCGCCUCGCACGCAACGGCCUCAGCUACGAGAUCUUCUGGACCCUCAGCACACUUGCCUACGCGCACACCCUCCUCGCGCUAACGCAGCUGCACCAAGUCCUUGCGCCCACCGCCGCGACGCCAGCGCCGGCAGACCCACAGCAGCUCUUCAACCUCGCGUCAGCCAACCUGCUGACCGCGGCAUCGGUGUAUGCGCACCUGCUGACACGGCCGCAGCCGCCCUCGGCGGAGACAUGGCCCGUGGAGCUGACGCCGCCGUCGCUGUCCGCGCUGAGUAGUGUCAACCUGGCGGACGCGACGCUGGUCGCCGUGAUCAAGCAGGAUCCGUACCCGACGUAUGUAUCGCUGACGACCACCGGCGGCGACUCGGGCAAGAAGGAGAAGCGGAAGAAGGGCGAGGCGGCGGCGGCGGCGGCGUCGAGGGAGUGGCUGUAUAGUCCGCCGGCGCCGCCGACGAGCGUGCGUGCGCUGCUGCUGGCGCGGCUGUGUGUGGCGGCGAGCGACCAUGCGGGGAGGGCGCUGGGGCUGUUGAGGGCGGAGACGGUGGCCGGGGAGUUUAGGGCGUAUGUGGAUGCGCUGCAGAGGGUGGCGAGGGCGAAGGCGUGUCGGUUUUUGGGGAUUGAUGCGGAGGGGGCGGGGCGGUGCGGGGAGGGGAUUGCGUGGGUGGUCAUGGCGAGGGAGGUGUUGGGGGGCGCGGGGGGGAGUGGUGGCGGGAAGGGCGUGUGGGGGAUGGAUGCGGGGAGGGCGGAGGAGGAGAUGGUGUGUGCGGCGUUGGAGAAGCGCUGGAGGAAGGUGAAUGACUCGGUCAUGUUUCAGGUUGUUCCUGGGACGGCAGCGGUGGCGGCGAGGAUGCCGACGGGCAGGGAGAUUCAUAGUGUAGGGGUGUGGGAGGCGCCGAAGUUGGGGGCGGAGGAGAUGAGGGCGUUGAGGAUGGAGGGCGCGGUGGGGAUUGGUGCGGAGGGCGUGGAGGAGGAUAGUGGUGAGGAAGAGGAGCCGGCGAAGGUUGAGUAUGCGGGGAAGGGGGGGUAUUAUUAG